AUGAAAACCCUGGCCGAGCCAGGGUUUGCCUUUCCUGACUGGGCCUAUAAGCCGGAGUCCAGUCCGGGAUCCCGACAGAUACAGUUGUUGCAUUUCAUUUUGGAGCUGCUGCGGAAAGAGGAAUAUCAUGAUGUCAUCGCCUGGCAGGGAGACUAUGGAGAGUUUGUUAUUAAAGACCCUGAUGAGGUAGCACGGCUGUGGGGGGUCCGCAAGUGCAAACCUCAGAUGAAUUAUGACAAAUUAAGUCGUGCACUGAGGUAUUACUACAAUAAAAGGAUCCUGCAUAAAACCAAAGGCAAACGUUUCACCUAUAAGUUCAACUUUAAUAAACUGGUGCUAGUGAACUAUCCCUUCAUAGAUAUGGGCAUGGCAGGAGGGCCAGUCCCUCAGAGUGCCCCCCCUGUCCCUUCAGGGGGAUCCCACUUCAGAUUCCCACCCUGCACCCUGUCAGACGUCCUGUCUCCCAAUGAAGAACUGCGAUCUCCUACACUUUUCUCCUCUGUGGCACGUCGCUUGGCACGAGGCUCUGUCAGUGACUGUAGUGAUGGAACAUCUGCUAAUUCUGAGGUGGAGGAGAGUCUUAGUGAGGAGCAGCACCGCAGAGGUCCUGGACCUGAUAUUCCAGCCUUUAGGGGGCCUCCACUUCCUCGCCUAUCACAUGAGGGCAUCUUCAGGGUCUACCCUCGUCCACGGGUUCCAGAGCCGCUCAGCCCUUUCCCUGUAUCACCAAUGGGGGCACCUUCUGGUCUUCUUCCUCCACAACUUUCACCUGCUCUGCCCAUGACACCCAAUCACAUGAACUAUACCCCAUCACCAACACUCAGCCCUAUGUAUCCAGGAGGAAGUCACUUCUCUUUUAAUCCAGACGACAUGAAACGCUACCUUCAAGCACACAUGCAGAGCAUUUACAAUUACCACCUCAGUCCAAGGGCAUUCCUACACUACCCUAGCAUUAUUGUGCCUCAACCACAGCGCCCUGACAAGCCUAUACAUUUGCCGCCUGAUAAGCCUCCCUUCAAAUUCAAACUGCAACCCCCUCCACUGGGCAAAAAACAGCAUGAGCGUCCCAUGGAGCAGUGCUCAUCAUCAACGUCGUCCUCUUCUGGUGUUCCACAGAUUAAAGUGGAGCCAACUUCUGAUGCAGAAGAGGAAGAGGAGGAGCUGACAGUGGAAGUGACAGACAUCAGUGAAGAGGAGGAAGAUGAAGAGGUGUUCAAAGCUCCCUCUGCUCCGGAGCUGAAAGUCUCACCGCCUGCACCACCCGGGAGAGAGGAGGAGUACUCUUAUGCUGGGGGAGAGAGUGGUCGUUGCAUCCCAUUAAAAUUGCGCUUCAAGCGCCGUUGGAGUGAGGAUCAGUGGCUGGAAGCUGAAGGGGGAGCAGAGGAGUCAGACAAAAAAGUGAGGGGUAAUCCAGAGGAAACAAACCUCCACCAUCAGCAAGGUGGCUUGCCUUGCAGGAGGGUGAGCACUGACCUGCAGCGUGCCACUGAGGAACUUUCACUUGAGAGUCGGGAUUCUUAA